AUGCUGUUCGGCGCUGACGUGGCCAGGAUCCGUGAUCCGGACGCUGACAUGGCCAGUAUCCCUGAUCCGGACGCUGACGUGGCCAGUAUCCGUGCUCCGGACGCUGACGUGGCCAUGAUCCGUGCUCCGGACGCUGACGUGGCCAGGAUCCCUGAUCCGGACGCCGACGUGGUCAGGAUCCGUGAUCCGGACGCUGACGUGGCCAGGAUCCGUGCUCCGGACGCUGACGUGGCCAGGAUCCGUGCUCCGGACGCUAGCGUGGCCAGGAUCCAUGAUCCGGAUGCUGACGUGGCCAGGAUCCGUGCUCCGGACGCUAACGUGGCCAGGAUCCGUGCUCCGGACGCUAACGUGGCCAGGAUCCAUGAUCCGGAUGCUGACGUGGCCAGGAUCCGUGCUCCGGACGCUAACGUAGCCAGGAUCCAUGAUCCGGAUGCUGACGUGGCCAGGAUCCGUGCUCCGGACGCUAACGUGGCCAGGAUCCGUGCUCCGGACGCUAACGUGGCCAGGAUCCAUGAUCCGGAUGCUGACGUGGCCAGGAUACGUGCUCCAGACGGUGACGUGGCCAUGAUCCAUGAUCUGGACGCUGAAGUGGAGAGCAUCCGUUUUCCAGACGUGACCGGAUCGUGCGGCGGUGCCACGGAGCACAACAACACGUACUUCGUGAACCCCGAGCACCCGGCGGCAGGCGAGGCGGUCCGCGCGUGCGCCUUCACGGUCCAGAAGGCGGCGCCGGAUGUCACGCAGGUCCGGUUGGACCUGGUCCAGUUCGAGCACCCGCGGCCGACCAGAGUGCCGGAUCGGCCUCGCUGCGGCACGGGGGUCCGCCUCACUCUUCUCACCGAGCACAACAAGGCGGACGGCGUGCGUGAGUCGCGUGUGCCCCAGAGCUCGCAGUGA